UAGCGCACAUGUAGAAAAUCCAAACCAAAACAAAAACACGAGGAAGUCCAUGUAAAGUGCGAUCGACAGGAAAAGUUUGGCCUAAAACAAGUGCACAACCAUCAUUUUAAUAUUUCUGCAAGCAAAAAUGGCCCAAAAUGGCAAGUGUGGAGUUUGUGAUGAACAUGAAAAGAAGUAUAAGUGUAAAACCUGUGAAAUACCUUACUGUUCAUUGCAAUGCUAUAAGACCCAUCAAGAAACACCAUGUGAGCCAACAAAUGACCAGUCAACGGACGAUCACCACAAGCCUUCAAAGGAACCGCUCUUCGCCACCGUAGACACAGUUGAUCCAGAAAAACUAGAGCAAUUAAAAAACUCGGAAUCGCUGAAAAAUCUUCUGUACAACCCUCAUUUGCGAAAACUCCUGCAAGAGAUCGACAGCGCCCCGAACGGGAUGAAGGCCGUACGAGUGGGAAUGAUGGAGCCGUUGUUCGUCGAAUUCGCUGACGAGUGCAUGAAGGUGGUGAAACCUGCCACGGAAAUGAAUAACGAAACCUAGUAUAUUUUACAAGACUCACUUUGGCAUAAUUUUCUUUAUUUUUAGCUCAAUAAAACUUUGUACAAACAAUACGAAAACAAAUACUCUUUUGUGUAAGAUUC